GGCGUAGGGGAAAGCCGCAGCCCACAGAAAACAAACACUACUGAAUGGCUAGGUCGGAGGAGGCAAUCGAUAGAUUGAUUUCACAAGCUUCAACCUGGAAUCUACAAACCAGUUGGAUCACUUGCCAACUUUCCGCGUAUUUGUUAAAGCCAGUGUAAGUAGUGAAAUUGGAAAAAAAAAACUACUGUUUGAAGGUAUAUAUUUUUAGACCAUCCAAAACCGGAUUUAAGAAAGACGUUCAGUAGAACUUAUCACAAAAGAAAUAGAGCCAUCGAUGAACUGAUAAUCAUCUGGUUGAUGUUUGCAGGUUUUCUGAUCUAAAUGUGAUCUCCAUGAAGAAAUGUAGAUGUUUUCUGAUUACUACCAACAGUGUUUGAUACACGUAGUAGCAGGCAUUUCUUCAUCUGUUUCAUUUGUCCGCGCAAUGGUUCAAUUUUCCGGGAAAAUGCUCAUUGGAUGGCUCAUUUAACUUCAUUUUAAAUGGAUUUAUAACUAAUCGUGAAAAUGGGGUGUCGACAAACAAAAGUUAAAAAAGAUGUGGAAACUAAAGAGAAUUUUGACAAAUUGGAGGAUAAAAGCUCCGUCCCACAGGUAGAUCCACGGCUUCCAAUCGACGCCAGAGAAGCCUUUAAACUCAAACAAUCUUGGAAAGGCAUUAAGCGCAAGAUCGAGGAAACAGGUGUCGAGAUGUUUAUUAGACUCUUCAAAACCAACUCAAAUCUAAAGUACGUAUUUACUAAAUUUACACAACUUGAAACGGAAGACGACAUGAGACAAAAUGAGGCCUUAGAACAACAUGCAACUUUCGUGAUGACUACAGUUGACGAAGCUAUUUCAAAUAUAGACAAUUACAAUUACGUCACAGACCACCUUCACCGUACUGGGGCCACACAUCAAAGAUUUGUAGACUUCAGUUCAGAAAACUUUGCGAAAAUCAAAGAACCGUUUCUGGAGGCUGUGAAAAUAACGUUGGGAGAUCGGUAUACCGAUUAUAUGGCAAAUGUCUACACUAAAACAAUCGACUUCAUUCUUUCUACACUACGCAGUGGAUAUCUCGACAAAAAUCAGUGUUACGAACUACAAUCAUCAAAAUCACCAAUGAAAGGCGAAACAGAUCAAGCUAAUGGUGUUUCAUCUGACCAAAGAGUACCGAAAAUCGAAAUAACCACAAAACCCGACGAAAAAUGACAAAAUGACAACUGACCCGCAGUACUUACAUUAUUAACGAUUUUUUUUUUAAUUAAGGAGGUUUUCUACUCUUCCACUAAGCAACUGACUAUUUUUUCCAAAAUAACUGCAAUGCAAAUAAAUGCUCUACAUGUAUUUCAGAUACUGGGAAUGGAUUGUUUUUUAAUCAAUAAUUCCCAGGAUUCCAGGUAAGCAAUAAGUUGUUAUAAUUGUAAAUAUCGAAUAAAAUGAAUCUUGUGCUAAGACA